AUGGAGGUUCGGUCCCUGGAGAGGACUGGACCGUUCAAACGAGGCGUCAUGUUCACCACCUGGAAAGAUCUAGGGUCCGGCAACUGCAGUAAUAGCAAGGAAUGGAGGUCACAUGUGCAAGGCCCCAAGGUUUUCGACACUGGGCACCCAUUUUUCGGCGGAAGUAUAGGCCAUGAUACUCGGGCUGAGUGCGACGGUGGAGCCACUAUCAAUGGCCCCUUUUACUUCUUGGAGCCCUGGGGACUGGCGUCCAAGGCCUAUUUUCAUCUCAAGCAGGGCAAGCGACAGGCUGUCACACUGGGCCCCAAGAUUGACCCGGAGACCGGCUUGAUCACUGACACGAAGAAGCCAUGCAGUGACUACACCUGGAGGUCGGACAUUAUUUGA